CUACCUCUACCUUGACGAUUUUAUACACACAAGGGAUGAGCAAUGAGGAAUAGGCUUAGAUGUAUUGGGAAAGAGGUGGGCCUAUAGCAUUGUCACAAGGGUGCACUAACACUGAGAGUGACUGCUGAAGAAAUGGUCCCCAUCAGUGACCCUCAGGUGAGACCAGGGCCCUAGUGUUUCAGCACAUCCUGGGCAAUUGGAAUACAGGGCUCCUAAGAUUCCAUGACACCCCCACCUUCUAAUUCUGUUAUUGCAACUGCAGACCGUUACCUGGCACGCUGGCUGCUACCUCCCUCACUCUUGUCAGAGUCGGAGCUAUAGGCAGUGCAUUCAGCUCUGAGCUCAGGCAUCCUGGACCCUGUUUUUGCGGUUAAGGACUCUAAAGUGUUGUGGGUGUUGAUCAAGUUUCUCUCAACUGUAAGUUAACAAUUCCAGUUAUUGUCAUCGCUCAGUCCUGAUUAAACCUAACUGAUUUCACUAGUUUUUGACACAUCAUGUGUUUGGGUUUCUUCCCCCCAGUCCCUGGCGCUACCUUUUCUGCCACAAACGUCAGCAUGGUGGUAUCUGCCGACCCUUUGUCCGGCAAGAGGGCAGAGAUGAACAUCCUAGAAAUCAACAAGGAAUUGCGCACCCAGCUGGCAGAGAGCAAUCAGCAGUUCCGAGACCUCAAAGAGAAAUUCCUUAUAACUCAAGCUACUGCCUACUCCCUGGCCAACCAGCUAAAGAAAUACAAAUGCGAAGAGUACAAGGACAUCAUAGACUCUGUGCUGAGGGAUGAACAGCAAUUCACGGAGAAGCUGGCAGAGAAGCUCAGACAAGCUGAGGAGCUCGGGCAAUAUAAAGCCCUGGUUCACUCUCAGGCACGAGAGCUGACCCAGUUACGGGAGAAGUUACAGGAAGGGAGAGAUGCCUCCCGCUCACUGAAUCAGCAUUUCAAGGCCCUCCUCGCUCCUGAUGACCUUGACAAGUUCCAGGGUCAGGACCUCCGAGAGCAGCUGGCUGAGGGGCGCCGGCUGGCAGAGCGCCUUCUCCACAAGCUCAGUCCAGAGAAUGAUGAAGAUGAGGGUGAAGAUGAGAAAGAUGAGGAGGUUGAGAAAGUACAGGAAUCACCUGCCCCCAGGGAGGUGCAGAUGGCUGAAGGAAAGGAAGUCCCUCAGGACUCACUGGAGGAAUGUGCUGUCACUUGUUCAAAUAGUCACGACCCAUCUGACUCCAACCAGCCUCACAGGAGCACCAAAAUCACAUCUGAGGAAGACAAAGUCGACUCUGCUCUGGUUGUACAGAAUGAACCCUCUCAUGAUGAAGAGAAGGAAGCUCUAAACAUUCUCCCAGAAAAUCAAAAUGAUCGUCAGGAAGAACAGGGGAAUGUGCCAGUGCCCCCCAGACACCAUGAUAUAUCCUACUCUUACCUGCAUCAUGAAGUCACUUUCUUGGCACUGGAUGAAGAGAAAGUUUGCUCUGCUCAGGAUGUUGCCAGGGAUUACUCCAAUUCCAAAUGGGAUGAAGCCCCACUUAGCUUCCUAGAAAAGCAAAAUAAUCUUGAAGAGGUGAAAGGAAAAGAAACAGUUGAUCCCAGGCUCAGCAGGGGACCACUGAGGGUGGACAAGCAUGAAGUCCCUCAGGAGUCACUGGAUGGAUGUUGCUUGACUCCUUCCAUCCUUCCUGAACUACCUCACUCCUACCGCCCUUAUGGGAGCACUUCGUACUGUUUUGAAGAAAAGCAAGUCAGCUUGGCUCUUGUAGACAAAAUUGAAAAGGAUCAAGAGGAGCUAGAAGAUCAAGACCCGCCGUGCCCCAGGUUGAUCCAGGAUCUGCCAGAGGUGAAGGAGCAGGAAAUGCCAGAGGACUCCGUGGAUGAAGUUUACUUGACUCCUUUAGUUCACCGUGACCUAUCUGACUGCCACCAGCCUUAUAGCAGCAGCACCUUGUCCUCAUUGGAGGAUCAACUUGCCUGCUCUGCUCUGGAUACAGCCUCUCCCACCAAGAGGGCCUGUCCCCAAGGGACUUGGAGUGCAGACUUGAGCCACCACCUCUCAGAGGUGCAGGCUUCACAGGCACAGCUGGAGCCAAGCACCCUGGUGCCCAAAUCUCUGCGACUACAGCUGGAUCAAGGGAAUGGCUUGGCCAGGCGGGGCCUUUCCUCUACCACUUGCAGCUUCUCAGCCAAUGCUGAUUCUGGGAACCAACGGCCCUUCCAAGAGCUGGUUUUAGAGCCCUCCCUGGGGAUGAAGAACCCUCCCCAGCUGGAUGAUGAUGCACUUAAAGGCUCAGGAGACAACACACAAGGGCGUCAAGUCAUUGGCCAGAUUCACGCCUCCAGUGUCCUGAAACCAAAGAUCAUCAAAAGAAAAUUCUCAUUCAGCAAGUGGAGACUGGCAUGCAGAUUCCCUGGCCUGCAAGCUUAGGGUGCAGAGAUACCAAAUACUGCUGGAAGGAUGCAAAGGGUGAAAGGAUGUCACAAAAAGUAGCUUUUACACUUGAUGAAAACAACUAGAACAGCAAAGAAAGUUCAAAUCCAAACACAAUACUGCAGGGGUCCUUCACUGAGGAUUGAAUUUUAGACACAGAAUACUCUUGAUUAUUUCAACCCACUAUGCUCCUUUGAUUUGAGAAGCCACAGUCCAUCCCCCUCCAAUUGUGAUCAAUGCCUAGGGAGACCAAUGACCAGAUGGACAAACAACAUUCACAGGCCUUAGCCCUGCUCCUCUCAAUUCCCAUCGUGUAGAGAACAGGAGUCAGGAGCUGCUGGCAGGAGACUGCAUGUCAGCCGGGACUCUGCCAGGGCAGAGUAUGAACAAUGCCAUGUUCUUGCUGAAAACGCUUAGCCUGAGUUUCACAGGAGGUAACCCUCAGACAACUGCAGAAUGUAGAACACUGAACAGGACAACUGACCUGUCCCCUUCAAACAGUCCAUGUCACCACCAAGAACACAACAAAAAGGAGAAGAGACAUUUUGGGCUCAAAAAGACUAAAAAGACUAUGUAGUUUGU